GGGGAACCUGUGACAGGCGCUGCCACUUAUACUAGGAAUACCAUUCUGUGUUGACUCGGAGGUAUUGUGAUUGGAGGCUACCAGGAGGACAGGCUGCACAUGGAUGGCUAUGAACGACCUAUGCUAUCCGGAGAGUAUUGCCUCUUACCAAUAAAUCGACACAGAUGCUUGCGAGCAUUAAGUUGCAUUUGAUCUUGACUAUAAAUAUAUGGGUUCAUGCCUCUUCUAGAGACAUCUUGUAUCAAUCUAACCACCGAGGUAUCACACAAAGAUCUACCAGCCAUUUGAAGAACUCAUCGAUUCGUUCUGUGCCUUCAAAAUGAAGUUCUACAUACCCCUGACCCUUCUUUUCGCAGCCCUGGCUAUUGCUGCUCCAGCAGAGACGGAGACCGACGAUUCUGUUUUGGCGGACACUGAAGCUGCCCCGUCGCUUUGCCGCGACAUCACUCGAUACAAUAAGUGUCUUAAGGUAGAGAAUCCUCCCAUAGCCUUGCGACCAGGAUCGUACUAACGGCAAUUGAUAGUCUUGCGGACAUCAUAACGAAAAAUGCCGUCGUGUAAGUUGAAUAGAUUCCUCAUAUUUGGAGCAUAAACAACUGACUAGGUGCUUUUUCUCGAGCAGGCAUGCUAUACACACUGGUGCUAGCCAACCAGCCUUUUUUCACAACUUCCUGGGAUGGAUAUUCUGGGUUAUGUUGGGCUGAUGUUUUAUCUGAGUCAACUGCUAUGAAAA